CUCCGUAAGAGGCAACCAACAGUCACUUAUCCGACGAAGGAUAGAAGUUGCGGGUUUAUGCUUCUGCUGCUACAUCUCUCCUCGAUGAGUUGUCAUUGCGCUGAUAUACUCUGAGGAUGGCGCCGCAGAAAUCUGUCACAGAAGUCCCGCGCUCACUUCUCCCUCGUCUGACCUGGAACGGCUCCUCUUCCCGGAUUACGGUCGCUCCACCCCAAGGCAACGCUCUCUCGACUUUGCGACCUCAACACCAGCAGCGCAUACAAAAUUUGAGUCCUGUGCGUCAACAGCUACGUUCUUUAUCCCUCUAUCCACAUCAAGCCCGCUCUUUCCCAGCGGCGUCCCGGGACCUUAGCUCGACAACACUGGUUGCAAGAUGCCCGUCUACAUCAUCGAGCGCCUCGAAAAAUCGUCCAGCUCUCGAGGACCUCAACAAUCCUAUCAGGUAUAACGGGGUAUAUGUGGCCACUUUCAAGCCAGCGCGGCGCGCCUUCCACGCUUCGGCUUCUCUGCAGCGGGAGCAUCACUUCGACACAUUAAGAUUCGUCCAACGGCUUAAGGAUGAAGGAUUUAGUGAAGAGCAAGCCGUCGCAAUGAUGAGGGUCCUGAACGAUGUCAUCCAAGAAUCAAUACAGCACUUGACGCGGACAAUGGUUCUUCGGGAAGAUACUGAACGCUCAGCAUAUACACAGAAAGUCGAUUUUGCUAAACUCCGCUCAGAGCUGCUAAACGCAGAUUCGACCGAAGCGCAGUUGACUAGAUCAUCGCACGAAAAGAUUGCUGCGGAUCUUGCGAAACUCAACUCGCGACUACGGGACGAGAUUGGACGAACUCAAGCCUCUGUUCGCCUUGAUUUGAACCUUGAAAAAGGACGUAUCCGAGAAGAAGCAAACGGCCAAGAGAUGCGCAUCAAGGAGACUGAAACACGAAUCGAGCAAGAAGUUGCAGGGCUGCGAGAGCGCGUUGAGGCUGUGAAGUUCUCGACCUUACAAUGGCUUAUGGGUGUUUGCACCGGUACAGCCGCUCUCAUUCUCGGUGCAUGGCGUCUUUUCAUGUGAUUCAUCGGCGCUUGAGUCCGACUCCCUUCGAUAUCGACUUCUUCAGCACUCCAAUCUUACUGUCGAGUUGUAGCAAUCCUUGUACAUAAUACUCCGCUCGCCUCGUCCUUUUGCUCAAAUAGAACAAACUGAGAGGAAGGAAGGUCCGUUUGGAUUUGUGGAGUGUGAUGGCCAUCAACCUGGUCCUCAAAAGAUACUUUUUGUAUAAUUUUAAAGCGUUGUUUCGAUAUGUUCAACGAAAGCGAGUUGUGGAAUUGACAUUGACAAAACAGAUUGGUUUACCGCUUGUAAGGAC